AUGGAUGAUCUCUAUGACGAGUUCGGUAACUUCAUUGGGGAGGAGGUAGAGUCCGAGGAGGCGUCCGAGGCCGGUGUCGACGCCAACGACUAUGUCUAUGACGACGACGCAUCUGAAGCCGCCGGCGGUGUGACGGGCCAGGAGCUCAUGGAGGUUGACCAAUCGGGAGGGAACGCAGUGAUACUCCACGAGGACAAGCAGUACUAUCCGACGGCCCAGCAAGUAUACGGCGAAGAGGUCGAGACGCGGGUGGAAGAGGUGGACGCGCAGCCGCUGUCGCAGCCCAUCGUGGCGCCGGUGGUCCAGAAGAAGUUCACCAUCGAGGAGGCGGACCUGCCGCCCGUCUUCUUCGACCGCGAGUUCAUGACGGACCUCAUGAACUUUCCCGAGCAGACUCGCAACGUCGCUUUUGCCGGCCACCUGAACCACGGCAAGACGGCCUUUGUCGACAUGCUCGUGCUCGAGACCCACGACAUUGCCGACCGGCUGGAGAGGAGGGUCGGCCGCAGCAGAGACGAGCAGCUGCGGUACACGGACAUUCACAUCGUCGAGAGGGAGCGUGGGGUAUCGACCAAGGCUGCGCCGAUGAGCCUGGUGCUGCAGAGCUCCAAGGGCAAGUCGCACCUGGUCAACUUCAUCGACACGCCGGGCCACGUCAACUUUGUCGACGAGGUGGCGGCGUCGUUCCGUCUGGUGGACGGCGUGUGUCUGGUCGUCGACGUGGUCGAGGGUGUCCAGGUCAACACGGAGCAGAUCAUCCGUCACGCCGCUCUGCAGGACCUGCCGCUGACGCUCAUCAUCAACAAGAUGGACCGUCUGGUGCUCGAGCUCAUGCUGCCGCCCAAGGACGCCUACUACAAGCUCAAGCACGUCGUCGAGGAGGUCAACAGCAUCAUCGCCGCCACCGUCCCCACCCGCGCCGCCGCCAGGCGCAUCAGCCCCGAGAAGGGCAACGUCCUCUUCGCCUGCGCCGAGAUGGGCUGGUGCUUCACCCUGUCGUCGUUUGCCCGGAUGUACUCGGAGGAGUAUGGCGGCAUCGACCCGGACGAGUUCGCCAAGAGGCUGUGGGGCGACGUCUACUACAACCCCAGGAAGCGCAACUUCACGCGCAAGCCCGUCGAGCAGGGCGCCGCGCGAUCGUUUGUGCACUUCGUCAUGGAGCCCAUCUACAAGAUCUUCUCGCACUCCAUCAGCGACAGCCCCGAGGACCUGCGCCCCCUGCUGGCGUCGCUGGGCGUCGAGCUCAAGCCGUCGCAGUACAAGGCCGACGCCAAGGAGAUCCUGAGGCUGGUGUGCGAGCAGUUCUUCGGUCCGUCGACCGGCUUCGUCGACAUGAUCGUGCAGCACAUCCCGGCGCCGGCCGAGGCAGCCGAGCGGACGCUGGAGCUGUACUACACCGGUCCCACCGACAGCAGGGUGGCGGCGUCGAUCCGCGCGUGCGACCAGGACGGCCCCCUGGUGGUGCACGUCACCAAGCUGUUCAACACCACGGACGCCAAGAGCUUCUACUCGCUCGGCCGGGUGCUGAGCGGCACGGCGCGGCCGGGAAUGCAGGUGCGCGUGCUGGGCGAGAACUACUCGCUCGACGACGACGAGGACAUGGCCAUGGCGACGGUGGGCGAGGUGCUCAUCGGCGAGACGAGGUACAACAUCCCGACCGACGGCGUCCCCGCCGGCAACCUGGUGCUGCUGGGCGGCGUGGACAACUCCAUCGUCAAGUCGGCGACGAUCGUGGCCCCCAAGCUGGUCGGCGACGACGGCGAGGAAGAGGACGCCUACAUCCUCCGACCGGUGAAGCACUUCACCGAGUCGGUGCUCAAGCUCGCCAUCGAGCCCAUCAACCCGUCGGAGCUGCCCAAGAUGCUCGACGGCCUGCGCAAGAUCAACAAGUCGUACCCGCUCAUCACCACCAAGGUCGAGGAGUCGGGCGAGCACGUCAUCCUGGGCACCGGCGAGCUGUACAUGGACUGCGUGCUGCACGACCUGCGCCGCCUCUACGCCGACAUGGACAUCAAGGUCUCGGACCCGGUCACCCGCUUCUGCGAGACCGUCGACGAGUCCUCGGCCACGAAGUGCUACGCCAUCACGCCCAACAAGAAGAACAAGAUCACCAUGGUGGCCGAGCAGCUGGAGAAGGGCAUCUCCACCGACAUCGAGUCGGGUGCCGUCAACAUCCACGAGCCUGUGCGCAAGACGGCCAAGUUCUUUGAGGAGAAUUACGGGUGGGACAAGCUUGCGGCCAGGAGUAUCUGGGCUUUCGGUCCGGACGAGAGGGGCCCUAAUAUCCUCCAGGAUGAUACCCUUCCUACCGAGGUCGACAAGAAACUCUUGGGUACAGUCAAGGAGUCGAUCCGGCAAGGAUUCAGCUGGGCGACGAGGGAAGGCCCGCUGUGCGAAGAGCCCAUCCGAAACACCAAGUUCAAAUUGACCGACAUCGUGCUGGCAGGCGAAGCCAUCGCCCGAGGUGGCGGUCAGAUGAUCCCCACGUCGCGACGGGCGUGCUACUCGUCGUUCCUGAUGGCGUCCCCCCGCCUCAUGGAGCCGGUGUACUCUGUGUCGGUGACGGGGCCGGAGUCGUCCCACAUGGAGGUGUACAACCUCCUGGCCCGACGGAGGGGCCACGUCCUGUCGGACGGCCCGGUGGCCGGCACGCCGCUCUACCGCGUCAACGGGCUGGUGCCCGUCAUCGACAGCUUCGGUUUCGAGGCAGACCUGCGCAUCAACACGCAGGGCGGCAGCAUGGUCAGCCUGGUCUUCGACAGCUGGAGCAUCGUGCCCGGCGACCCGCUCGACCGCGACCAGAUCCUGCGUCCUCUCCAGCCGGCGGCCACGCAGGCCACGGCCCGCGACUUCGUGCUCAAGACGAGAAGGCGCAAGGGUCUCAGCGAGGAUAUCAGCGUGCGGACAUUCCUCGAGCCCGAUUUCUACCAGAGUCUCAUGGAGAGUGGAUUGCUAGAGGGGAGAUGA